AUGGCGUCGAAUCCUAUGCCCGCCAGCUUCUUGACGAGGGCCAAUGCCUUGUUCAGAAAGAACUUAACCUUUCAGAAACGAAACAUAUGGAGCAAUGUUCGGCUCAUCGUGAUCCCUUUGUACCUCUGCCUAGUUCUUGUGGCCAUUCAAGCUCUGUUCAACACACAGGUCAUUAACUCUGUGGAUAAUCGAUGCGGUUGCAAAUGCAUUGACGAAAACAAUGGAGAUGGUAAAUGCGAAAGGAAGAGUUGCGGUGCAGAAUAUUCAUCUCCAAACCAAGCCUUCUUUUGUGCUUUCCCCAACCCUCCACCAUUACCUCCAUUGUUACAUAUCCCGAGUUCCGUACUUGAUAGUAACUUGUGCAGCCUAACCACCGGAUCUUGUCAUGUGAAAAUACUUGUUACUGGAAGUAAUCAUACCCUUGGAGCAACUAUAUCUCAGAAUCUGCUGCCUACUUAUUUCGCGGUUAACUCCUCCGAGGAUUUCUUUCCUAUGCUAGCAUAUAAUGCCUUGGCAAGUUCUGAGAUUCUAGGUACAACAUCAGAGGUAGCCUACACCAAUUAUUUCGAUCCAGGGAUUCACUCAGAUGCUCCAAUCUUCAACAUCCAACGUCGAUGCGCUCCAAACACUACAUUAUCAUCAUUCUCCUUCCGACAACCACCUCUUGAGUUUCAUAAAGCAGAGCAAAGAUGUGUUCGAGGAUUGAAUCAAUGGAGGAACAACUCCAUUGAGGUCAACCAUGAAAUCUUCAAGGGAUAUCAGAAGAAAAAUCUGCGGAUUGCAGCAUACGAUCUCUUGGACACCAAUAGAAACCACUUCAAUGUGACUAUAUGGUACAACUCUAAAUACAAAUUUGACCUAAAUGAUAGGCGUGUCAAGUUUGUCCGAGUUCCUCGCUCAGUCAACUUGGUUUCAAAUGCUUAUCUUCAGUUCUUGCAAGGCCCAGGGACAAAAAUUUUAUUCGAUUUUGUGAAAGAAAUGCCCAAACAAGAAACUAGGCUUCGACUGGACGUGGCAUCUCUCAUUGGUCCCCUUUUCUUCACAUGGGCUAUUCUUCUUCUGUUCCCAGUGAUCUUGACCUCGUUGGUGUAUGAGAAGCAGCAGCGUCUGAGAAUUAUAAUGAAAAUGCACGGCCUAGGAGAUGGUCCAUACUGGAUGAUAUCCUACGUAUAUUUUCUCAUCAUAUCCACAUUAUACAUUAUAAGCUUGAUGAUAUUUGGAUCAGCAAUAGUUUCCUCAGCAUUUUCAAAAGUUGAGACUGCAUCAGUUGGUUCUUACAUGCACGUCUUUGGAUCUGGGCUCUUGGGUGCAUUUCUCUUCCAGUUUCUGCUUGAAGAUGUAUCAUUUCCCAGAAGCUGGAUUUUUGUCAUGGAGUUGUAUCCAGGCUUCUCUUUAUACCGUGGCUUGUACGAGUUCUCCACAUACUCUUUUCAGAAAAACCUGAAUGGUAGAGAUGGAAUGAAGUGGAAAGAUUUCACUAGCAGUGCAAUGGAUGAAGUUUUCUUCAUCAUUAUCGUUGAGUGGUUUAUGGCGCUCACUGCAACAUACUAUAUUGAUAGGGGUUCUUUAUCCGUGAAAGGCUCCUUUUUAUUCUUGAGGAUCCCUUUCAAGAAAUCUCCUUCUCCACAAAAGACUACUCUGUCCAUGCAGAGCUCUUCAGUUACCGUGGAAAUGGAGAAACUAGAUGUCACUCAAGAGGUCUUACAACAAUGA